AUGUCGUCGACGCCCCGGCUACGCAGCCUCAAUAUUGACAAUAUCAAUCCUCAUGUGAAGGAAGCAAAGUACGCCGUUCGUGGCGAGCUUGCAAUCAAGUCAGAGGAGUUGCGCGCACAGCUGAAGAAAGGGGACCCUCCUACUCCCCCAGAAAAGCCUCUGCCCUUCGACACCGUCAUCUCUGCCAACAUCGGCAACCCACAGCAACUCGACCAGAAGCCCAUCACAUUCUUCCGCCAGGUGCUUGCCCUACUGGAGUAUCCCGCGCUGCUACAAAAUGAGGACGUCUUGAAGUCGAGUCUUGGGUACAACCAAGAUGCGGUCGACCGUGCGCGCUGGCUGCUGAAAGAGGUGCAGUCAGUAGGAGCAUACUCACAGUCUGCUGGCGCUCCAGGCAUACGGCAGUCCGUGGCCAACUUCAUCGAGCGACGGGACGGCUUUCCGUCGCACAAGGACCAUAUUUACCUAUCUGCGGGUGCCUCGUCAGGCGUCAACACUCUUCUGCACAUUAUCUGUUCCAAACCAGAGACGGGAGUACUCGUCCCUAUACCACAGUAUCCUCUCUAUACGGCGACUCUGACUGUCCUCAAUGCGCGAUGUGUCCCGUACUACCUCGACGAGUCUCAAGCUUGGGGCACGGAACUCGCCACCAUCGUAGAAGCAUACGACAAGGCAGACAGUGAAGGGACUGAUGUCCGCGCGAUUGUCAUCAUCAACCCUGGCAACCCGACCGGCGCUUCGCUAUCCGAGAAGGACGUGGAAGGCAUGAUCAAGUUCGCUGCAGAGAAGAAGCUUGUCAUCAUGGCUGAUGAAGUCUACCAAACAAACGUCUUCGUCGGCGAGUUCCACUCCUUCAAGGGCGUGUUGCGGAAGUUGCAGCAAAAGGAGCCAGGCAAGUACGACAACGUCGAGCUGGCCUCGCUCAACUCGGUAUCCAAGGGCAUGGUGGGCGAAUGCGGUCACCGGGCAGGCUACUUUGAACUGGUCGGCUUUGACCCCGAAGUGCAGGCACAGAUAUACAAGUUCAUCAGUAUCAUGUUAUGCCCGCCCGUCAUCGGCCAGUGUCUCCUAGAGAUGGUGGUGAACCCGCCAAAACCCGGCGACCCCAGCUUUGAACUCUACGACCAGGAAUACAACGCAGUCAAGAAUGGACUGAAAGAGCGGGCGACUGCCCUGUAUGAGGCAUUCAAGCAAAUGGAAGGCGUCGAGGUGGGAGAGCCACAGGGCUCAAUGUAUCUCUUCCCAACCAUCACUGUCCCUCCAAAAGCAGUCGAGGCGGCCAAAGAAGCAGAGCGCUCGCCCGAUGAGUUCUACUGCCUCCGUCUGCUCGACGAGACAGGCAUUUGUGUCGUGCCCGGCUCAGGCUUCGGCCAAAAGCCAGGCACACUACAUCUGCGAACAACUUUCCUGGCACCUGGCACCGACUGGGUUGGGAGAUGGACGAAGUUCCACGAGAAAUUCAUGGACAAAUACAGAUAG